AUGGCCAAGCGUAGGAGAAAGAACAGGACCCACCUCAAGGGCGGAGAGGCCGGCGAGGCGGCCGAGAAGGCCCCCAAGUCGUUCGUCAUCAAGUCUGGCACAGUGACAAAAUCUGUAGGGUCGCUCGUACGCGACUUCCGCAAGAUCAUGGAGCCCAACACUGCUACCCGACUCCGCGAGCGACCAGGCGCCCGUCUCCGCGACUACCUGACGAUCGCGCCCACGCUCAGCGUCACCCACCUCCUCGCCUUCACCCUCACCGACGCGUUCAACGUCCACCUCCGCAUGGCCCGUCUGCCGCAAGGCCCAACAUUGACGUUCCGUGUGCUGCGGUACAGCUUGAUGCGUGACAUUGUGUCGGCCUCCGUGUCGAUGCGCAACAUUGGCAAGUCGCCAGGAGGAGAGUACCGCAAUCCGCCCCUGCUCGUCCUCAACAACUUCCAGCAGCCCGCCGAGGGACCCGCCCUGCCUCAGCUCAAGCUCAUGAGCACAAUGUUCCAGGGCCUGUUCCCGCCUAUCCAGAUUGAGAAGUCGGCCCUCCCCACCUUCCGCCGCGUCCUUCUCGUCUCGUACAACCACGGCACUGGACUCAUCUCGCUCCGCCACUACACGAUCAGCGUGCGUCCGCAGGGCGUGUCUCGCCGCGUGCGCAAGCUCGUCAACCUCGGCGGCGCGACGUCGUCCCGCCGCGCACCUGAUCUCUCAAACGCCGACGACAUUGCCGACUACCUCAUCAGAAGGUCACGCGAUGCGUCCGAGGCGUCGUCGGGCUACGACUCGAUGAGCGAGAGCGAGGCCUCCGAGGCCGAGUCAGACACGAACGCCGUCGAGCUCCCCGAGGACUAUGUCGGCCGCGGUAACAAGAAGGGAGAGCGCAAGGCUGUUCGCUUGCUCGAGACUGGCCCCAGGCUGGAGCUUGAGCUCGUCAAGGUCGUCGAGGGUCUGGUCGGCUCCAAGCGCGGCGAAGGCGAGACCGUGUACCACAAGUACGAGGCGAGGACCAAGUCGCAGACGAGCGCGCAGACAAAGGCCCACGACGAGCGCCGCAGGCUCCGCGAGGCUCGCCGUGCCGAGCAGGCUGCCAACGUUGCCCGCAAGAAGGCCGAGAAGGACGCCAAGAAGAAGGUCAAGACGGCUGGUGACGAGGCCGACGAGGAGGAUGACGAUGAGGAGGAAGACGGCUCAGAUCUCGACGUCGACGGCCUGUCGGAUGUCGACCCCGAGGAGGAGCUCGAACGCCGCCGGGCAAAGGCCGCCGCGGCCGACGACGACGACGAUGACGAGUUCGACUACGAGGACCGCGGAGCCGAGACGGCCGACGACGAUGACGACUGGGACAUGGACGCCCCCGUCGGCGAGGUCGCGUCAGAGGAGGAGGAGGAGAGCAGCAGCGACGAGGAGGUUGCCAGGCCACCACCGCCAAAGAGGAAGGCGGGCAAGCGCUAG